AUGAAAGAUGCAGAGUGCCACAACUGUGGCGGGAGAGGACACAUGAAAGUGGUCUGCAGAAAGCCUAAAAGGUCAGCUGGAGAGCAAGCCUUUUCUGGAUUCUCGAGGACGCUAGCAUUCGAUGCUUGGGACAACGGAACAGCUAGGCAAUCUGGAGCAGAAGUGGUGAUGAAAAAGGGAGUCUGCCAGAUUGUGGUGAACAACGUGGUGCAGCUGCGGGCAUUGCAAGAGAAUGGUCUGUGGAGAAUCGAGUCUGUGGGAGCUGAGCAGAAGUCAUUCUUCACAAGGGGACCAAUCAAGAGAGAGGAGACAGUGCAUACACAGGAGAAGACUGUCAAGGAGAAGAAGGAGGAAAAGAGGACGGUCAAGAUGAUCGAGGUUGACCUUGACGAGGAGAGUGAGGAAAAUGAGGAGCGGAAGGUGGAAGAGAGCGAGGAGGAGAAAGAAAAGGAAAAGGAAAGGACCGAGGAAGUGUCCGUGAGUGAGGAGAAGGAGGAGACGAGCGAGAAGUCAACCAAGGGAGCGGAAAGCGUGGAAGGAAAAACAGAAGAAACGAAGAGAAACGAGAGCGCAAGAGAACGUGUGCAAGAGACGAGAGACGAAGGGGACAGGCGCUACCCAGAUCGGCAGAGGAGGAGUCCAAUCAAGUUUGGGGCGAUCGGAGAUAGCUUUGUUUGGACCACGCCGAAGUCGAAGUACAAAAGGUAG